CCUACACUGCGCGCGUACUUUGGCACCUUCUGAUCUCACCAAGAUCUCACAUGCCUCAGUAAUCUACCUAUGAAUGGAAUCCCUCCAGUGACACCCCGCAGCAUUCCCAGUACGGUUUCAAGACUCCGGGAUAACCGCAGCGGCUGCACGCGGUUGGCAAUGUACCUCGAUUCACAGGUCAACCCUCAUUGAACCCUCAACGAAACUUGUCUGACUCAUAUAUCUCACAUCUGAAUGUUCGUCAAUACCUAUUUUUCCGUAGAGGAAUUUUUACGGGUCCGACUAGACACUACCGCAGACAACAUCUCCUUACAAGUCGGAUUCUUCAUGAAUUUGAGUGGACAUCGACAAGCUCCCACCACACUCGUGUCCGCAACUUAAUGGAUUCGGUACGGCGACAGGUAGCUACUUGAAUGCGUAGUUGUCAGACCAGGCAAAGGAGCCAUCACAUGUUCUGCCGCUCUAACUGGGAUUUUCAAGUCGAGUCAUUUUAACUAGCGCCUUUAGUCCAAUAAAAACCAUUCCGUUCUGUUCACACUACGGGAAAUGACCACCGAAAGUCCAACAUUCAACAUUGGCACCAUGAGUUCCCCACCUCCCUAUUCAGCCUCUAGCCCUUCACCCGGUUACUCCUCUGAUCCCGCUCAUAACGAACGAAGACUUGUUUACCAAAGAAGGCCAUUAUAUGACACCGUCCGAGAUGGCAUUUUUGUUCAUAAAGAGGACAAGGUAACUCUAAUCCUGGACAGCCAGAUACAAGGGACAACACUACCAGAGUACGGUCGGCGUUCCGUUGUUUCUGGAACAAUAAUCCUCGACGAACCGCAAGUCAUAGCAGAGGUCAAAACCGAGCUCAAGGGUCGUGCCCAGUUUUUGACUCUUGCACAAGGAUUCUCUGAUAGGGAAAUAUUUUGCGUUUCGGAGGUCCUCUAUACCAGGGACCAGACAGACGACGACUGUCCCCCCUCACUUGUGCUGUCCUCCCUUUUCCCACCCACGUUCCAAGCUGGAGAAGUCUCGUGCCCACUCCCUCCCUCCUGCGAUGAAAUACUGUGCGGAGACAGCAAUCAAUACGCCCGAGUUUCGUAUUCUUUCACGGUUAUAAUUACAAAGCUCCGUGGACGCAAAGCUAGCGUUUUAUUGGGGAAGAACAGGCGAUACUUCAGUGUCUUACUCAAAUACCGGCCACGGUCCCGUCCCCCGCGACCUGUCACUAUAAAUCAUUCUCUCCUCUCGACUAUCAAAGUAUGUCCAGAAGAAUGGCAACAAUCUGUUACCUCGAUUGAGCCUCGCUUCCCCGGCUCUGACUCCCUUCAACCCAUAUCGUGUCAGCUCUUUUUACCGUCUGUGGGGGUCUUCGAGCUGAAGGAAACGAUACCAUUCCAUGUUCAACUUGUCGGACCCUCGGGCGCAUUCUCACGUCUUUGUCAAGGCGACCGGAGCCACCCACCUAUCAAAGUGAACCUAUGCCGACAGCUUGUGCUUGAUAUCGAGGGAAGGAGAGUCUCAACAGUCUUCUCUCUCGGUGAAGGAAAAGUUGCCUUCGCCCCGCGCCUCGAUUCAGGUCAACACGGAACAGCCCUCAAUUUUGAAGGUCAAGUCCAGGUUAGCGCUCCCGAUAUCACAGUUCCAACCUUCGAUUCAGGAAUAAUCGCCGCUCGUGAUUUCGUCUCUGUUGAACUUUCCCCAAAAACGGCGUCCACCACCCAGUUGUUUGCCCCGUUUCGACAUACGCAUGUAGCGAAAUUGGUUACCGACCCUUGGUGCGACGUACCGAAUCCAUUUGGUUAAAGUACAGCAAUCUUUAACAGCCCUGCGUUGAAUUG